AGAGAGCUGCACUGAGUAUUGAUAAUGAAUGGUCAAGAACAUGAUUUAUUCGGAGAAGCAUAUGAAGAUUUUCUGGAAGUGUUACAUGAAAAUUCCGUUGAGCUACAGACUCCAGAAGAGUGUAAGAGUUACAUCACCUUUCUCAGUCCCUACUCUCCACUGAGAACCAGUGAGAACCGUUUUACAUAUUCACAUGGAGACCCAACAGGCUGCACUUGGAGGGAUCAUGUGAUGAAUACUCCAUACCCCUAUGAUGAGGAGUCUUUAUAUCACAACAUGCCGAAUAUUCAAGAAGAACAAACUGUACAAAUGGUUCAUCCCAGUGCACCUCCACAAAAACACGGGAGUAAAAAGCUCCGUCUCUUUGAGUAUCUCCAUGAAGCUUUGCAUGAUCCAGACUUGAGGAAUUGUAUCCAGUGGGUGGAUAAAGCUAAUGGCAUCUUCCAAUUUGUUUCUAAAAAUAAAGAAAGGCUAGCAGAGUUGUGGGGCAAGAAGAAAGGAAAUCGUAAAAUCAUGACUUACCAGAAGAUGGCUAGAGCCCUAAGAAAUUAUGGCAGGACAGGAGAAAUAUUAAAGAUCAGGAGAAAGUUAAUGUACCAGUUCAGCGCUAUAGUCUUACAAAGACUUUCCCCAGUAUGUUCAUUGGACAAUGUGUUUUACCAGUAUGUUCAGCCUGGAGUAGAAUACUGGAGUACCCAUGAUUGCUGGGAUAAUAGCAGAUUUGUAUAUAACAGUGGGUACCAGGUCUACCCUCAGUUCUGCUAAAUGAAACAUUAUCAUUACAUUUUUAUUUGACUGUGAUAAAUAAAGGUGAUCACCAACCUAUUUACAAGGCAGCUAUAUCUAAAAGUUUUCUUGCCAAUUUGUGCUUAUUAUUAGGGAUUAACUGUGCUGGCAUCGUUUUAUGAUAUUAGAACAUAACAUUUUCCCCGUAAGAGCACAUUUUAUUUACUGCCUAAUAUGACUAAUCACACACCUAGGGGCAGAUUUAUCAAGGGUCGAAUUUUGAAUUUGAAAAACGUCAAGAUUCAAAAUCAAAUAAGACACAAUAACAUUUAAAAUGAAGG